AUGGCCAAAAUGGUCACCAUCCGAAUGCUCAUCACAGUGGCCCUAAACCGCAACUGGCAGAUCAUCCAACUUGACGUAUCGAACGCGUUCCUUCAUAGCGAACUACAAGACGAAGUUUACAUGAAGCAACCACGCGGAUUCGAGGAUGCUCAACAUCCGACACACGUAUGCAAGCUCCGAAAAUCCAUCUACGGGUUAAUGCAAUCACCCCGUCAAUGGUUUCAAAAACUAACCAGUUUUCUUCUCAACCUCGGCUUCACGUUCAGUAAAGCCGAUCCGUCUCUUCUUCAUCUCAAGCAAGACGACACUAGCAUCUUCAUCCUGAUAUAUGUGGAUGAUAUCCUCGUUACUAGCAACAAUCAAGUCAAAAUCCAGCAAAUUCUGCAAAGCCUGAACUCAGCAUUCAGUCUAAAGCAGCUCGGCGACAUAUCUCUCUACCUCGGUAUUCAGGUUAUUAAAACUACCUCUUGCUACUUUCUCACUCAAUCCCACUACGCACAUGAUCUUCUUCAUAAUGCAGGCAUGUCCGACUGCAAGCCCGCACCGUCUCCGGCGCCAACAAAAGAUCAGAGAUCCUCAGACGAAAGAUCCUUCGCCGACCCACAGCUAUUUCGCAAGAUAGCAGGGUCACUCGAAUACUUGUCUAUCAUUAGACCCGACAUCGCAUUCGCCACCAACUCAAUAUAUCAACACAUGCACAAUCCAAGAAACUGUGACUACCAAGCCCUCAAACGUCUCCUCCGCUAUGUCAAAGGGUCAAUAGACUACGGUCUUCCGCUCAUCACCGGCGCCCUCAACCUUAGCAGCUACACUGAUGCGGAUUGGGCAGCUAACUCGACCGACCGGAAAUCAAUGUCGGGCUACUGCACGUUCCUCGGUCCCAAUCUGAUUUCAUGGUCGGUCAAGAAACAAACAACCGUGGCGCAUUCCUCGACGAAGGCAGAGUACAGAUCCUUAGCAGCUGCCACCUCCAACAUACUAUGGAUCCGUCGCCUGCCUACAGACCUUGACGUCCCCACCACCUCGCCCACACCAAUCCAUUGUGACAACACAUCUACCAUAGCUCUCGCCAAUAACCCCAUCUUUCAUGCUAGAACCAAACACAUAGAAAUUGACUACCACUUCAUCAGUGACCACAUUCGACAAGGCAACAUCUGGGUAGAUCAUGUCUGCACCAACGAUCAGCUCGCGGACAUACUCACCAAAGCUCUUCCUAUCAACCGGUUUCAGCUCUUAAGAUCCAAAUUAACCAUUCACUCCAAGAAUGGUUAA